AUGUUGGCCCUACCUCGAAGCUGCGCAGUCCCGUUCCUUGCGCGCCUCAUGGCCAGCCGCAAAUCUGCCGCCGUGAGAUCUCAGACCGUGGCGCAGCGCAUCGAUGCGGCCACCACGGUGAAAUCGCAGGUGGUGAUCUCGGAUCUCGCUUCGGCGGACGCGGAGAACCUCUUUGCGUUGUACGACUUUGAUGGCAUCUCUUUGCUUCCACGUGGUGCACUGACAGAAGUCUUGCGGGACAUCGGGUUGGAGAAGGCGCUGGCAGAGGACUUCGGGGCCUUCUCGAAGCUUGCCUUCGACUCUCAUUCCGCAGACUCACACUUCCUGUCCUCCAAUGAGUUCAAGCAGCUGUACUACCGCCUGAUGAACCGCUAUCCGGAGCUGCUGCCCAGGGCACCGGCUCUUCGGGUCACGGUCUACUCCGCGAAGAAUCUGCCUCCAGCGGAUGUCAAUGGCAAGGCGGACCCCUACUGCACGAUGCAGCUGGCAGGAAAGCCGCACACCAAGACACGGACCAGAUACGUGGAGAAGACGCUGGAUCCCAGGUGGGGCGAGGAGCUCACAGGGAACUAUGCUUAUGAGGAGGGGGAUGACCUCUUGUUCGAGGUCUUUGACUAUGACAGGGGCUGUGCGCAGGGCGACCUGCUUUGCACCUGCAUCGUGCCCAACAAGGAGUUCCACCGUGAAGGAGGCUUCGACGGCAGUUGGCCCAUGACCUUGGCGCCGGAGUUGGCCAAGCUCAAAGGCUACAGCCCCAGCAUCCGACUUCGGAUCCAGGUCACGGCCUUUCCAGAACCUUUGCCCCGGGUGAGCAUCCUGGUGCGUCAUGCAGAUGGUUUGCCUCCUGCGGAUGCCAAUGGCAAGUCGGAUCCCUUCUGCUCGGUCCAGCUGGUGGGGAAGCAAUUCUCCAGGUCAUCAACGACCAUCAAGUCGAGGACCUUGGAUCCUGUGUGGAAUGAGACCUUGACAGACAAGCACCGCUAUGAACACGGGGACAGCCUCUCCUUCAAGGUUUGGGACUACGACAAGGCGGGCGGCAACGACCUGCUCGGCGAGUGCGUGCUGGACAACAGCCAGUUUCACAAGCCAGGUGGCUUCGAUGGGGAGUUGAGCCUCCAAACCUCCGAGACGAAGUACACACCAACGUUGAGCGUGCAAGUCUUGGUGCGGGAGGUGGAGGAGGCUCAUCAGGCUCAUCGAGAGGCUACUGCCACGACAGAGGAAGCCCCCGUCACGCAGACGGAGGAGGUUCAGGCAGCUGAGGAGCUGUUGCGGAAGCUGAAGCCAUUCGCGACCGUGCAAGCCAUCGAUGCGCCCCACGUGCUGCCCUAUGAUCCCAGCUUGCGGGGCUGGUGGCUGUACAGCGAGGACGUGUGGGACGGGUCUGCGGAGGGCAUCCAAGCGCUGGCGGACACGCUGCUGCGGCGGCCCAGCUUCCAGCCCCUUGGGCUCCAGGAGAGCUUGGCCCAGGUACGAGCGGAGUGGUCCAAGGGCUACGAUGGCAUCUUGGGCUUCUCUCAGGGCGCCAUCCUGGCGGCGCUGCUUUGCGCGGAGCUGAGCGCCGAAAACGGCGCCUCGGUGCCCGGCUUCGCGGUGCUCAUCUCGGGCUUCGGAAAGCCGGCGCCGGAAGGCCUGGCCUUUCCGGUGGAUCCGCUGCCUGUGCCGAGCCUUCACGUGUGGGGGGAGGCAGAUGCGCACAUCCCUCCCUGGGCCAGCAAGAUUUUGUGUGAGAAGUUCUGCAACCCCAGAGUGCACGCGCAUCCAGGACACCACAUCGUGCCUCAAAAGGCUGCAGACCUCAACGUCAUCGCCUCAUUUGUGGCGGAAAUGGCGGCCUCUUCCUCGGAACUCACUGGCCCGGGAUCCAGGACCUCAGGCAAAGGGUCCGUCGCGGUGGCCGACUUCGAGGAGUUGAGGAGUGGGCUGCGGCGCUUUGCGACCCGAAGAUGUGGAGGUGCUGGUGGCAAAGCUGCCGCGACGAUGUCGGCGCCGGGAACGGCCACCAUGCAUCCUGGCGCUUACCUGGAAGAAGAGCUAGCGGCGCCUGGCCCGGCCACUUAUGAGAGGCUCCUGUCUCUGCUCAGCGGCGCCAAGUUUCUUGCGCUGGGCCCCCACGAGGCAUGCCGCACGUCGGAGGACUCGGUGCGCGUGCGCCGUGCUGGCGGCUGGCAGGACGUCACUUUGCACAGUGGCGCGAAGGCAAUGCUGCUGAGGACAGGGAAGGGCGAGUGGCUGCUGGCCGUGCUCCCUGCAGACUGCAAGCUGAGCUGGAAGAAGGUCCGCACGCUGCAUGGCAAAGGCACACGCAUGGCUACAGAAGAGGAGGUGGCGGACGUGACGGGGUGCCUACCUGGUGCAGUGCCGCCCAUCGCGACAUUCCCCAGACAGGCUGCGGGAACCGAAUCGAGGGACUGGGUGGGCUGGUGGGACGGGAAUAUGUGGGAUGGGCAUAGCAGUUGGAUAGUCUUAGACUAG